GCGAGAGGUCUCCUCAGUUACUCGAGACGAUCGCUUGUCGCCAGACGCAUUUUCAGCAUUUUGGCUAUUUUCGUGAUUAAUUUCGGAGAGCGGAUACGUAUUAUAAUAGAACCCGUGCUCCACUCUGUAACGUGAAUGUUAUUGUAAGCAUUCAAACGCGCAUGGAUAUCCAAUCAAUUUUGCUUUGUAAUCAAUCUGGCCGAUGUGUUUCCUUUCUAAUUUAGGUCAAGUGCAUUGUUUGUGUAACACAGUGACCUAAAAAGUUGUAGUUUCUAUAUCAAUGUGAAAGAAAAGUGCUUUAAACUGCCCACACAGAAACAUAUGCAAACACAAAGUGCAGUUGGCACAGUUUUACAACUACUGGAAGUCUCAACGUCAACACUUUGAGGGGAACUUAUUUUUUAGUACAUUGAUGAACGCCCGGAACUAAAUCCAGCAAAAUGAGUCAGUCUUGUCUACCAGUUAGCGCAAAGAUGUCGAAAGCAAAGAAGGUCUUGGAUGAAGCCCGAGAAACUCAAAACCGGGAGUUGGAUCUGGUGGACAAGGGUCUAACGUCCUUUGAGGAGCUCCCUGGACUGUUCAACAUGUCCAACAUCACGCGUCUGACUCUUUCCCACAACAAGAUCAGUGUGAUAAGUCCCGGAAUUGCGAAUCUGUUGAAUCUGGAGAUCCUCAACCUCUCGAAUAACCAGCUGACCGAAUUGCCUGUUUCUCUGUCAUCCAUGCCCAAGCUGCGAAUCCUGAAUGUGUCCAUUAACAAGCUGAUUAACCUUCCCCGAGGAUUCGGAGCCUUUCCCGUUCUGGAGGUGUUGGACCUGUCGUAUAACAAUCUGAACGAACAGGUGCUGCCCGGAAACUUCUUUGGCAUGGAGACCCUGCGUGCUCUAUAUCUAGGCGAUAAUGACUUUGAGUAUAUACCAAAGGAAGUGGGCCAGCUAAAGAAUCUUCAAAUUCUUGGACUGCGCGACAAUGAUCUUCUGGAGCUUCCCCGUGAAGUUGGAGAUUUGGCACGACUCCGCGAGUUGCACAUUCAAAACAAUAGACUGCAGGUUCUGCCGCCGGAAAUCGCCAAUCUGGACCUUUUGAGCAACAAGUCGGUGAUGAAGAUGGAGGAAAAUCCCUGGGUCAAUCCCAUUGGUGAGCAAUAUCUGCUGGGAAUCAGUCACGUGAUCGACUAUCUCAAAACGGAGACAUAUAAAAUAAUCUACAAUCGACAUAUGCAGGCAGGACGAAGUGGACCACCGCCACCCAAGGCUGACAAGAGCAAGAAAGCCUCUCGAAUACGCGCAUAGUUUUUCUCCGCCACAAGCUCCCAUGAAAUAAUGUGUUCGUCUCGUUCGUUGUUAACCAAAACAGUUUUUGUAUACUAAUAUUUAAGUAUUUGUAAACUAAUGUGUAGUUUCGCAAAAGUGCCUUCAUCUAAUAAACGUAAAGAAAUGAA